AUGCCAGUUCAACAGCAAACUGACCAGUGGUUUCAGAAGCCAGUUCAACAGCAAACUGACCAAUGGUUUCGAAGCCAGUUCAACAGGAGACUGACCAGCGGUUUCAGAAGCUAGUUCAACAGCAAACGCCCGUUCAACAGCAGACUGGCCAGUGGUUUCAGAAGCCAGUUCAACAGCAAACGCCCGUUCAACAGCAGACUGGCCAGCGGUUUCAGAAGCUAGUUCAACAGCAAACUGACCAGCGGUUUCAGAAGCUAGUUCAACAGCAAAUGCCAGUUCAACAGCAGACUGACCAGCGGCUUCAGAAGCCAGUUCAACAGCAGACUGACCAGCGGCUUCAGAAGCCAGUUCAACAGCAGACUGACCAGCGGCUUCAGAAGCCAGUUCAACAGCAGACUGACCAGCGGCUUCAGAAGCCAGUUCAACAGCAGACUGACCAGCGGCUUCAGAAGCCAGUUCAACAGCAGACUGACCAGCGGCUUCAGAAGCCAGUUCAACAGCAGACUGACCAGCGGCUUAAGCCAGUUCAACAGCAGACUGACCAGCGGCUUCAGAAGCCAGUUCAACAGCAGACUGACCAGCGGCUUCAGAAGCCAGUUCAACAGCAAACUGACCAGCGGUUUCAGAAGCUAGUUCAACAGCAAAUGCCAGUUCAACAGCAAACUGACCAGUGGCUUCAGAAGCCAGUUCAACAGCAAACUGACCAAUGGUUUCAGAAGCCAGUUCAACAGCACUGA